CAGCAAGAAAAUUAUACUAGUAAAAAUAGGAAGUUUAUAUUUAAAGGAAAUAAUGAAGGGGGAAGAGAGAGAACAUGUUAUGUUAUUGUUAUCAACUGUUACUGUUUCUGCACCCAGCGUUUCCACUUCUUAGAAAAUUGAGUUUUGGUUUUGGUGGCUUUCUUUAAGUUAUGAUUUGUAACUUGGGUUUUUAGAGAAAAAAUAGAAAGUUUUUGAGUGAAAAAAAGAGAAGAAAAGAUGGCUGAGAAGUCUGAAGUUUUAGAGGCAGUGUUGAAAGAAGCUGUUGAUUUGGAGAAUAUACCUCUUGAAGAGGUUUUUGAGAAUCUAAGAUGUAGCAAAGAGGGUCUUACGAGUGAUGCUGCUCAAGAAAGAUUAGCAAUUUUUGGUCCCAACAAACUUGAGGAGAAAAAGGAGAGCAAAGUAUUGAAGUUCUUGGGGUUUAUGUGGAACCCUCUAUCAUGGGUUAUGGAAGCUGCAGCUAUUAUGGCUAUUGCUCUUGCUAAUGGAGGGGGUAAACCUCCUGAUUGGCAAGAUUUUGUGGGUAUCAUCACACUGCUUGUGAUUAACUCCACCAUAAGUUUUAUCGAGGAGAAUAAUGCUGGAAAUGCAGCCGCCGCUCUCAUGGCUAGUUUAGCACCCAAAGCUAAGAUCUUACGCGAUGGAAGAUGGAGUGAGGAAGAUGCAGCAGUUUUGGUUCCUGGUGACAUCAUUAGUAUUAAACUAGGGGAUAUAAUUCCUGCAGACGCUCGGCUGUUAGAUGGGGAUCCUUUGAAAAUUGACCAGUCUGCGUUAACGGGAGAGUCUCUUCCUGUUACAAAAAACCCAGGGGAUGGUGUAUACUCUGGUUCUACUUGUAAACAAGGAGAACUUGAAGCUGUGGUCAUUGCAACUGGUGUGCACACAUUUUUUGGAAAGGCUGCGCACCUUGUGGACUCUACCAAUCAAGUUGGUCAUUUCCAAAAGGUCUUAACGGCAAUAGGGAACUUUUGUAUAUGUUCCAUCGCUGUUGGGAUGCUAGUAGAAAUAAUUGUCAUGUAUCCUAUUCAACAUCGUGCAUAUCGGCCCGGAAUUGACAAUUUGCUUGUCCUUCUCAUUGGAGGAAUUCCAAUUGCCAUGCCUACUGUUCUAUCAGUCACGAUGGCAAUCGGUUCUCAUCGCCUAGCUGAACAGGGAGCUAUUACAAAGAGAAUGACUGCUAUAGAGGAGAUGGCUGGUAUGGAUGUUCUUUGCAGUGAUAAAACUGGAACUUUGACAUUGAACAAGCUCUCAGUAGACAAAAAUCUGAUCGAGGUGUUUCAAAAGGGAAUGGAUGCAGAUACAGUUGUACUGAUGGCCGCUCAAGCCUCCAGGACAGAAAACCAAGAUGCAAUAGAUGCUGCUAUAGUUGGCACACUGGCUGAUCCGAAGGAGGCUCGAGCCGGUGUUCAAGAGAUUCAUUUUCUACCUUUCAAUCCAACUGACAAAAGAACAGCAUUGACUUACCUCGACAGGGAUGGCAAAAUGCAUAGGGUCAGCAAAGGUGCUCCAGAACAGAUUUUGCAUUUGGCGCACAAUAAAUCAGACAUAGAACGAAGAGUUCAUGCUGUUAUUGACAAGUUUGCUGAACGAGGCUUGCGUUCACUUGCUGUUGCGUACCAGGAAGUUCCAGAGGGGAGGAAAGAAAGUCCUGGAGGUCCAUGGCAAUUCAUUGGUCUCAUGCCUCUCUUUGACCCUCCAAGGCAUGACAGUGCAGAUACUAUAAGGAGGGCCUUAAAUCUCGGAGUAAAUGUGAAAAUGAUUACUGGUGAUCAACUGGCAAUAGGAAAGGAAACUGGUCGUCGCUUGGGUAUGGGUACCAACAUGUACCCUUCAUCGUCUUUACUUGGGCAGAGUACGGAUGAAUCAAUUGCCUCUUUACCAAUUGACGAUCUGAUUGAAAAAGCUGAUGGAUUUGCUGGUGUUUUCCCUGAGCACAAGUAUGAAAUUGUCAAGCGAUUGCAAGCACGGAAACAUAUUUGUGGAAUGACUGGGGAUGGAGUGAAUGAUGCCCCAGCUCUUAAGAAGGCUGAUAUUGGAAUAGCAGUUGCUGAUGCAACUGAUGCUGCUCGUAGUGCUUCCGAUAUUGUUCUUACAGAGCCUGGUCUCAGUGUCAUUAUUAGUGCCGUUUUGACAAGUCGAGCAAUCUUCCAGAGAAUGAAAAACUACACUAUUUAUGCCGUUUCUAUUACUAUCCGUAUUGUACUUGGUUUCAUGCUACUGGCUCUUAUAUGGAAGUUUGAUUUUCCACCCUUCAUGGUUCUUAUUAUUGCCAUUCUCAAUGAUGGUACCAUUAUGACCAUAUCAAAGGAUAGGGUGAAGCCUUCUCCUAUGCCAGACAGCUGGAAGCUAUCUGAGAUUUUUGCCACUGGAAUUGUCAUUGGUAGUUACUUGGCUAUGAUGACUGUGAUAUUUUUCUGGGCAGCAUACGAGACUGAUUUCUUCCCGAGGGUGUUUGGGGUUUCACAUUUGAACAGACAAUCAGCUACUACUCCUGAAGCAAGAGCGGUUAUUACACACAAGCUUGCAUCUGCCAUAUACCUUCAAGUCAGCACAAUCAGUCAGGCUCUUAUAUUUGUUACCCGAUCUCGAAGUUGGUCUUUUGUGGAGCGUCCUGGUCUAUUUCUAGUUGGUGCUUUCAUGAUUGCUCAGCUGGUUGCUACUCUAAUUGCAGUAUAUGCUAAUUGGGCCUUUGCUGCAAUUGAAGGGAUCGGUUGGGGUUGGGCUGGUGUCAUCUGGCUAUACAAUGUCAUCUUCUAUAUCCCUCUUGAUUUUGUCAAAUUCUUCACGAGCUAUGUUCUGAGUGGAAGAGCCUGGGAUCUCGUUAUCGAGCAAAGGAUUGCCUUCACAAAGAAGAAAGAUUUCGGUAAGGAAGAACGUGAGCUUAAGUGGGCACAUGCACAAAGAACCCUUCACGGAUUGCAAGCACCAGAAGCCAAGAUGUUCACCGAGCGAACAAAUUACCACGAACUCAAUCAAAUGGCCGAGGAAGCCAAGAGGAGAGCUGAAAUGGCGAGGUUGAGGGAACUACUUACCCUGAAAGGGCAUGUGGAUUCAGUGGUGAAGCUUAAGGGGCUCGACAUCGAGACAAUCCAGGGAUCAUACACUGUCUGAGGUCAUGCCAAUGGUUAUUAUAUACAGUAGCAUCUAUAUAAUAUGCUGAGAGUAAAGAUUAGUUCAGCAUGUAGUUGUGAGUUAGCCAAUUUUUUUCCCUCUUUUUUUUCACAAACAUCUUCCUUAUUUGUGUAACAUGCUUUCGCUAUUUUGAAAUGAAAAGUUCAUAUGGUGGUUGUGAGUUAUGACCAUCUAUUUUCGUUCA